AAGCUUUGAUCGAUCAGCAUUUGGCAUUGCAGAGGUUGUUCCCCAGAUUCCUUGGGGAUGCUUCCUCUCGCGAGAUCGGCAGGUCGCACGUGGGUCGGGGUCGGAUGGUGCAUCUUGGUGUUGGCAGCCUUGCGUUGCUCCGUUGGGGCAGGGCCUGCCGUGUCGCUGCAGAAUCCAGAGGGGCAGGACCUGAUCUUCCUCCGGCUGGCAGUUGAUGCCGUCCUGUUCGGCCCCUUCGGCUUCGUCGAGAACGAGAUUGUUUUCCAAAACCCCGAAGAGCGACGAAUGGAGGGGCGCUUCUCGUUUUCCCUCCCGGUGGGGCCCGCCGGCCCUGCCGCUCCGAGCCGCUUCGCCAUGCAGAUAGAGGGCCGGCUCAUGGAGGGCGAAGUGGUCAACAGGUCCAAGGCUCAGAGCGUAUAUCUCGGAGAUCCUGCACGAGGCGAGAGACCCCGCGCUGCUGGAGCAGAGCCAGGGCAACGUCUUCACGGCGCGCGUCUUCCCGAUCGAGCCGCGGGCGGUCGUCAGACCCCUGGUUCAUCCUGUCCUAUGCGAUCUUGGCUCCGCUGCGUGGCUCACACCGCACGCUGGUGUUGCCUCUGGCGGGCCUGCCCGAGAUUCACGAGUUCACGUUCGCUGCUGCUGUCAGCGCGUUCGGCAGCACGUCCUUUGGCGCGAACUGCUCGCUCCCAGGGUUCGGGCAGGUGCCUGGAGUCGAGGACCCCAGCAGCAACACCAUUCGAUUCGUGCCAAACUCAUCGAUGAAGCUCACUCCCGCCACAGAUGCUGUACUGGACGUUUGGGAGCUUGGUCAGUCAAUAGGCGCUUUCUCAGUGGACGGCGGAAAGUUGGUCUCAAGUUUCGUUGUUGGAGACGAUACCGUGGUGUCAUCGAGUUUUGAUGCGCUGCGUCAAUUUGCACCUCCCGUCUGGAUCGUCUACAUUGACACGUCCGCGUCGACCGCAGAUGCAUCAUUGGUCCGCUUGCCGUUGAUUUCAGCGCUUCUUGAGGCCAUGCCUUCGUCAGAUGUCCAGGUAUUUGCGUUCGACAUAGAAGUCGUAGAGGUUCGGGCCCUGGGCCCAAAAGAUUCAACAAUCGGCAGCACAGUGCAGUCAGCCCUUGAAGAUCGACUCCCACUCGGAGCCACAGAUCUCGAGAUGCUGAUGGAGCACCUCGAAGGUCAGACUAAUUCGAGCGGAGGACAUGGGACAGUCGGUGUCUUGAUAUUGAGCGACAUGAUAGCUACUGCGAACGAGCGGGCUGCAAUGAAGCUCGGACAGAUGCUUACGCCAAACCCAGGGCGAGUUGUUGAGAUCGGCGUUAUGGGGACCAAGUUCGACAGCUCCGCUGGAGGUGCAAUCGCGGCAGCGGGCUACGGCCGGGUCGUGCGGAUCCCCCUGACUUCGCAGGACUUGCCAACGGUGGUUGCCGAUGCGUGGUCUGAGUUCACGAGGCCCCUGGGGCGUCAUGCCACUCCAGAGGUUUCGAGCGGAUGGGCGUGGCCUCUAGCUCCAUCCGAUCUUCACGAAGGCGACGAGCUCAUCGUGUUCAGCGGCGGCGGCGACGGCCUCACCCUGGACCCACCGUGGCUCGAGAUUGGCAGCGGGAACGCGUCUGCGACGCUUAUCGCAGGCCCGAUCCAGGCAGCCUCUGCUGCCUUCAGCUCCAUGCUGUCCCGCGAGGUGGAUCGCGCUCGGUUGGAGCUGCUGGAGAGCGAGCGGCAGCUCUCGCCUACGCGGCAGAAGCCCGCAGCAUCGAGUACGAGAUGGUGCAGCUCUCUGAGCAGAGCAGGGUGUUGUGUCCGCACACCGCGCUGCUCGUUCUGGAGACAGACGAGGACUAUGCCCGGUUCGGGAUCGCUCAGGACAGCUUGUCACCCGUCCUGGUUGUGACGGGCACCGGCGUGCAGCUUGUCUCGCGCAGCGACAUGUCUUUGCCAGCUUUGCCAGACCCAGUUCCCAUCGACCCAGUCGUUGUUCCCACACCCAACUCAAGUGUAAACGAGUCGGCGUCGUGUGAUGAUCUCAACUCCAUGGUGUGCUUAGAGAAUGCGGACGACGGCGAUUUUGCUCUUAAUGAGGAGACUGGUGCUGUGUACAGCGACACUGGCACGCAGGCCAACUCUGGGCGGAGCACCUGUCCGAUGUGGCUUGUGGUGGUCUUGGCGCUGCUGGCGUGCCAGACUGGCUCGAACUGGGUAGACCUGGAGGAGGAUGCCGAGGCCACCCUGGCAAACCAGCCGAGCCCGCCCGAGGACAGGCUGCGGGAGACGGCGACGGCGUACGCGGGAGCCCUCUGGACGAAGCGCAGGGCCUCCGAGCUCCGCGGCUUCUGCGCGGGGUGGAUCGCUUGGGACCCCGCCAACGGCCUAGCCUUCGAGUACCUCGGCAAGGCGGCGGGCCACCUCGGCCAGGCCAGGACGGCCCUGCGGGCGGCCACGUCCAUCUUGGCGGUCGCUCCCCGCGACUCCGAGCAGCUCCUGCGCGCGUCCUGGCUCGCGCUGUCCCUCGACCUGCCCGACGCGCCCGCGUGGGCGCAGCGCUUCGCCCAGCGGUCGCUCGAGGAGCGGAGCGACAACCCGAACGUCUACCGCGCGCUGGCGAUGUCCUCCUGGCACGCCGGCGACUACGCGGCCGCAGCCGACGCCUACGCGCUGGGCCUCGGGGCAGAGUUCCACGACCGCUACGGGGACGUCCAGCGCGUGCUCCGCGAGGAGGCCGCAAUCUUCCUCCGCAGCCUCGAGGCCAGCCAGCAGGCGGCCCCGUUCCAGAGUUACGCUGAGGGCGCAUUGAAGGCCGUGGACGUGAACGAGGGCAGGGGCAUCGGCCUGUUGAUCACCAUGUCGUGGCUCACCGACGCAAACGACGUCGACCUCCACGUCGUCGACCCGAACGGCGAGGAGUGCUACUACAGCAAUCCAUCGACGAGUUGGGGCCUUCGGCUGUACAGCGAUCAGACUCAAGGCCUCGGGCCUGAAGUUGUCGCGCUCCAGGGACGGAAGCCCGGCAGCUACACGGUCGGCGUCAAAUAUUUCAGCGCCGGCGCAAUGGGCGCUUCCAGAGGGACCGUCAUAAUUCGGCAGUUGUCAGAGGGGGUGCCCGUAGGCGAACCUACGAUCGAAGUGUUCACAUUGCCAACAGGCAAGUCGGGCGUGCUCCCAGUGGCCACGGUCGUCGUUAAGUGAAUGGUAUCGAGUGGUGCCACUUCGGGACAUGCUGUAGCGGGAAGCAAGGGCGGCAUUUGUGAUCCAUUCAGCGGUGGUGUUUUACAAGAGGGUCAGCUGGAGCACGCGUCAGACACUUACAUACACGUUCGUUUUACAAGCGCAAGGGUGUCACCAUCUUAGUCUUGCGACUUCACCGUAGUUCCUCAUUUCGCAGUCUGUUGGUCGAAGGCUGUCGGCAGGCGUACUUUACUGAUUCCGAGUCUGCUCGGCAAAAGACCGAUCCCGCGCCGGUAGGAUGCUACGCGCCCUCUUGUAAGAAGCGGCUGUCGCGCGUUCUGGCUGGUACCACUGCGGCAGAGGGAAACAAUCAGUGGACCCCCCCCGCCCACCCGAACUCGAAGCGGGGCAGACCGCGGUCGAAGUGCAGCUCAUUCACCCCACAGCCAACACUGAUCAUUGGGCGGGGGGCAUUGACAGAUGAAUGCGGCAUGAGUGUUGCAGGCCUAGAGGUUGACACCGACACCAAGAUCGACGGUGUGCCUCCACCGAGGGAAGGCGAUCUCGGUCUCGGUGAUGGUGGUAAUACUCUGGCUUCCAAGGUGACCGAACUAUUACCACCAACACCGAAAUCUAAGAGUGUCCGCUAAUUCCUUCCCUGGCUUGCGUCGCCCGCUCUGCUCCGGGGCUCCGCGGCGCGCCGCGGGGAGCAGGCGGUUGCGGGCGGGCCUCCGCAGAAGGCUCUCAUACAGGCCUCCGGCAGUCUGCGAGGCGUUCUGAGCCUGCUCUGGCGACGGGGACGGCUUCUCAGAGGGCCUGAGGGUUUCUCGGAGGCCCCGCGCUGCCUUCUGAGAAGGCAUGCCCCCGCUCACUUCCCCUCGCCGCUUCGUCGACCGGCGGAUGCCCUCCACGGUGUGCCGUCGGAAGUAGCGGCCGUCGUGGCAUUGCUCUCGCUUGGCGUGCCCAGGUCAGGAGGACGAACCAGGAGCGCAGACGCGUGGCGUGACACUCAAACAUACAUGGCAAAAGCGA